UAUGGAUCAGUUCCAAAGCGCUGCCACCACCUCCUCGGCAGAUGGUAUCCAAACCGGUCAGACAAUUCAGGUGACAUCCGGUGGCCAGACAUCUGUCACUCAGGCCCAGCAACAGGUGAUCCAAGUGUCACCUCAGGGCUCGAUUAUGGGCGGACAACAGCUGAUGGUUCAGACAUUACCUCAGGGCCAGACAAUCCAACUGCAGGGCCAGGCGGGCCAACAGAUCCAGCAGAUCCAGUUCAUGCCGGGGCAGCAGUUCAUUAUACAACAGCCACAAAACGGACAAAUACUACAAACAGCUGACGGCCAGACCAUUGUCUGUCAGCCGCUGACUGUCGACGGAUCCAAUUUCGUGCAGACGGCUCAGGGAGUGAUCCAAUUGCCGGCCAACUCGCUCAUCAACAACGCCACCGCUCAGGCCGUCCAACAGGCGGCCCAACACGUGGCCCAACAGAGCCCUGCGUCGGCCGGCGGACAGUCGACCGGCACCGCCAUUACGCUGCCGAACGCGGCGGCGUUGGGCGCGCAGAACAUAGUGAUGGUAGUGCCCGGUGCCGGAGGCCUCCAGACUGUCCAACGAAUACCACUUCCCGGCGCCGCCGAGUUCUUGGAAGAGGAGCCGCUGUAUGUAAACGCCAAACAAUACCACCGAAUACUUAAGCGACGACAGGCCAGGGCUAAGCUCGAGGCCGACGGACGCAUACCUAAGGAAAGGAGGAAAUACCUGCACGAGUCUCGACACAAACACGCCAUGAAUCGGGUCCGCGGCGAAGGCGGACGCUUCCACUCGGGGUCGUCGCGCGGACAUCGCGACCAUCUCAUGAAUAUCGUGGCCGACGACGGCCUCACCAACGCCUCGAUGAACGACUCGCAGACCAACACCGACCACGAGAACAGUCAUAACUCGCUGUCAGCGCAUCACAACCUCCUUGAAGUCAGCUAU